AUGUUUGAACUCGUCUCAGCUCAAGGUGCCCACCACAUUCUGGCCACCACUGUGGGGGACCGGGCAUGGUGCCCCUCAGGCCCAAACCUGAGGUCUCUGGAGAUCCCACCAUUUGGCCAGAAGGAGCUUAAUUCCGUCGCUUCCGAGCUGUCUGCACGGCAGGAGGAGAGUGAACAUUCUCAUAAACAUUUAAUUGAACUCCGCCGGGAAUUUAAGAAAAAUGUACCUGAGGAAAUCAGAGAGAUGGUGGCUCCUGUAUUAAAAAGCUUCCAAGCUGAGGUGGUGGCCCUUAGUAAGAGAAGUCAGGAGGCCGAGGCAGCUUUCCUGAGUGUUUACAAGCAAUUAAUUGAAGCACCAGACCCCGUGCCUGUGUUUGAAGCGACGCGCAGCCUAGACGACAGACUGCAGCCCUCCAGCUUCGACCCCAGCGGGCAGCCGCGGCGAGACAUCCACACUUCCUGGAAGAGGCAUCCCGAGCUCCUUGGCCCCAAAGAGCAGAGAGAGGGGACGUCUCCGGCAGGGCCCACGCUGACCGAGGGGAGCCGCCUCCCGGGCAUUCCCAGCAAAGCCCUCCUGACAGAAACUUUGCUGCAGAGAAAUGAGGCGGAGAAACAAAAGGGUCUUCAAGAAGUACAGAUCACUUUGGCAGCCAGACUGGGGGAGGCAGAGGAAAAGAUCAAAGUCCUACAUUCAGCGUUAAAGGCCACACAGACAGAGCUGCUGGAACUGCGGCGGAAAUAUGAUGAGGAAGCAGCAUCCAAGGCGGAUGAAGUCGGUUUGAUCAUGACCAACUUGGAGAAAGCUAAUCAGCGCGCUGAGGCUGCCCAGCGGGAGGUAGAAAGUCUUCGGGAACAACUGGCCUCCGUCAACAGCUCUAUCCGCCUGGCCUGCUGCUCCCCACAGGGACCCAGUGGGGAUAAGGUGAACUUCGCACUGUGCUCAGGCCCCCGGCUUGAAGCUGCCCUAGCCUCCAAGGAUCGGGAGAUCCUGCGGCUACUGAAGGAUGUACAGCACCUCCAGAACUCUCUGCAGGAGCUGGAGGAGACAUCCGCCAACCAGAUCGCGGACCUAGAGCGACAACUCACGGCCAAGUCUGAGGCCAUAGAAAAGCUGGAAGAGAAGCUCCAGGCACAGUCUGACUACGAAGAGAUUAAAACAGAGCUGAGCAUCUUGAAAGCCAUGAAGUUGGCCUCCAGCACCUGCAGCCUCCCCCAGGGCAUGGCCAAGCCUGAAGACACACUGCUCAUGGCAAAGGAGACCUUCUUCCCUGCGCAGAAAUUCCUUCUGGAGAAGCCUGGCCUCCUGCCCAGCCCUGAGGAGGACCCUUCGGAGGACGAUUCCAUCAAGGACUCUCUGGGCACGGAGCAGUCCUACCCAUCCCCUCCGCAGCUCCCGCCACCACCAGGGCCCGAAGACCCCCUGUCCCCCAGCCCUGGGCAGCCCCUCUUGGGCCCUGGACUGGGCCCCGAUGGCCCAAGGACUUUUUCACUGUCCCCCUUCCCCAGCUUGGCUUCUGGGGACAGAUUGGCAGGGGACACACUGCUGUCCAAGCACAUGAUGCCCCCCGCCACCUUCAAGGGAGAGACAGGCCUGCUGGUGUUCCCUCCGGCCUUCUACGGCACCAAGCCCCCCACAGCCCCUGCCACCCCAGCUCCUGGCCCUGAGCCACCUGGGGCCCCAGAGCCAGUGGAGGGGGGCGGGAGCAGCACAGCCGGGACGGGGGCCGGAGCUGAGGAGGAGCAGCUGGACACGGCAGAGAUUGCGUUCCAGGUGAAGGAGCAGCUGCUCAAACAUAACAUCGGGCAGCGGGUGUUUGGCCACUAUGUGCUGGGCCUGUCCCAGGGCUCAGUCAGUGAGAUCCUGGCCCGGCCCAAGCCCUGGCGCAAGCUCACAGUGAAGGGCAAGGAGCCCUUCAUCAAGAUGAAGCAGUUCCUGUCGGAUGAGCAGAACGUGCUGGCCCUAAGGACCAUCCAGGUGCGGCAGCGAGGCAGUAUCACCCCAAGAAUCCGCACACCAGAGACAGGCUCAGAUGACGCCAUCAAGAGCAUCCUGGAACAGGCCAAGAAGGAGAUCGAGUCCCAGAAGGGGGGUGAGUCCAAGAACUCCACAGCCCCUCUCAGCAUCACCAAUGGCACAGCCCCCGCCAGCACCUCAGAAGAUGCCAUCAAGAACAUUCUGGAGCAAGCACGCCGUGAGAUGCAGGCACAACAGCAGGCCCUGCUGGAGAUGGAGGCAGGCCCCCGGGGCCGCUCGGUGCCUCCCUCACCCCCAGAGCGGCCCUCGCUGGCUGCUGUGAGCCAGAAUGGGGCCCCAGCCUACGUCAAGCAGGAGGACAGCAGCAGUGGUGGUGGCGGGGGAACCAGCAGCAGCGCCACACAGACAUCCCUCACAGUCCUGUCCCCUGCAGCCUUUGUGCAGAGCAUCAUCCGGAAGGUCAAGUCGGAGAUCGGAGAUGCCGGCUACUUCGACCACCACUGGGCCUCAGACCGUGGCCUGCUCAGCCGCCCCUAUGCCUCCGUCUCACCCUCCCUCUCCUCUUCCUCCUCCAGCUACUCUGGACAGCCCAAUGGGAGGGCCUGGCCCCGUGGGGAUGAGGCCCCCACAGCCCCUGAGGACGAAGCAGCAGGGGGCGAGGAGGAGCCCUCCAGGGUGGGUGAGCUGAAGUCUGAAGGGGGCAUCCCCGAGGCAGGCAGCGGCGGGCGGCUGGCCUACUACCCAGCAUAUGUGCCCCGCACACUGAAGCCCACCGUGCCACCCCUGACCCCCGAACAGUAUGAGCUUUACAUGUACCGGGAAGUGGACACCCUGGAGCUGACACGCCAGGUCAAGGAGAAGCUAGCCAAGAAUGGAAUCUGCCAGAGGAUCUUUGGGGAGAAGGUGCUGGGCCUGUCACAGGGCAGUGUGAGCGACAUGCUGUCCCGGCCGAAGCCGUGGAGCAAGCUGACGCAGAAGGGGCGAGAGCCCUUCAUCCGCAUGCAGCUGUGGCUCUCAGACCAGCUCGGCCAGGCCAGCAGCCAGCAGCCCAGCGCCUCCCAGGCCAGCCCCACGGAACCAAGGUCAUCGCCGUCCCCACCCCCUAGCCCCACAGAGCCGGAGAGGAGCUCCCAGGAGCCCUUGAUCCUGGCACUGGAAGGCAGCAAGGAAAACCAGCAGCCAGAGGGACGCUCCAGCUCCUCGCUUGGGGGGAAGAUGUACUCGGGCAGCCAGACCACAGGGGGCAUCCAGGAGAUUGUGGCCAUGUCCCCCGAGCUGGACACAUACUCCAUCACCAAGAGAGUCAAAGAGGUCCUCACGGACAACAACCUAGGGCAGCGGCUGUUUGGGGAGAGCAUCCUGGGGCUGACACAGGGCUCCGUGUCUGACCUGCUGUCCCGCCCCAAACCCUGGCACAAGCUGAGCCUGAAGGGACGGGAGCCCUUCGUACGCAUGCAGCUGUGGCUCAAUGACCCCCAUAAUGUGGAGAAGCUGAGGGACAUGAAGAAGCUGGAGAAGAAAGCCUACCUCAAGCGUAGGUACGGCCUCAUCAGCACCGGCUCCGACAGCGAGUCUCCUGCCACCCGCUCUGAGUGCCCCAGCCCCUGCCUGCAGCCCCAGGACCUGAGCCUCCUACAAAUCAAGAAGCCCCGAGUGGUGCUGGCGCCCGAGGAGAAGGAGGCGCUCAAGAAGGCAUACCAGCUGGAGCCCUACCCCUCCCAGCAGACCAUUGAGCUCCUCUCCUUCCAGCUCAACCUGAAGACCAACACCGUCAUCAACUGGUUCCACAACUACAGGUCCCGAAUGCGCCGGGAGAUGUUGGUGGAGGGGACCCAAGAUGAACCAGACAUUGACCCCAGCGGGGGUCCUGGCGUCUUGCCACCAGGCCACUCCCACCCAGACCCUACCCCACAGAGCCCCAAUUCUGAGGCUGAGGACCAGAAGCCUACUGUGAAGGAACUGGAGCUUCAGGAAGGCUCCGAGGAGAACAUCACAUCCCCAACCACCCAGGACAAAGCCCAGGUGAGGAUCAAGCAGGAACAUACUGAGGAGGAUGCAGAAGAAGCGGGCAACCAGCUCCAGGACUCAGGGGAGCCAGACAAAGGCCAAGGUUCCCCCAAAGAGGCACAUCCUGACGGUCCGGGUAAUGACCAACUCCCUAAAGUGGUCCCAGGGCUCCUCCUUCCAGGUGGGACCUCUCCAGACUGCCCCUCACUACAGCUCCCCCAGGAGAGUGAGGGUGGGGAGCGACUCCACCCAGACCCUCUAAGUUUUAAGUCUGUCUCAGAAUCCUCGCGCUGUAGCCUGGAAGUGUCCCUGAACUCCCCCUCGGCUGCCUCCUCCCCAGGCCUCAUGAUGUCUGUGUCACCUGUCCCCUCCUCCUCAGCCCCCAUCUCCCCGUCCCCACCCGGCGCCCCUCCUGCCAAAGUGCCGAGUGCCAGCCCCACCACCGACACAGCUGGGGCUUUGCACCCCAGCGCCAAGGUGAACUCCAACCUGCAGCGGCGACAUGAGAAGAUGGCCAACCUGAACAGCAUCAUCUACCGGCUGGAGAGGGCUGCCAACCGGGAGGAGGCCCUGGAGUGGGAGUUCUGAAGGCAGGGGCACGAGGGCAAGGGGCUUACCAGGUGGCCAGCUCCCCCUCUCCCACUCACUCUGGCAAACAGACGGGGUGGGGGAAGGAAGGAACUCAACCAUCAACAUGCAGACAGCAGUGUUAUGCAGUUUACGUUUUUUGUUGUAAUCCUAGUUCUAUGACGUUGUGAGUGAACAGGUGGGGCAAGUGCCACUGCCUCCUCUUUUUGGCACCCUCUACCCCACAGAGCACCCUCUUCUCCACCCUGGCCUCUCUGCAGGAGGCAGAAGCGAUGUGGCACCACAUUUUCACCUGGAAACUCCAAACUCUUUUAGAAAAAUAAAUAUUUAUAGACCUCUUUUAGAUAUUUUAAUAAAGGAUCCUUUGGAAUUUAUUCCCAGCCAAUGCUGUUUUGAUAUUACAGAGAGUUAUAAAAUCAGGAUGCUGUCACAACUGUUGCGAAGUAUACACUGAAGUUGUGUCGUUCUUGCCACUAGAUGAGAUUAAAAGAAGACAGUUGUUCAAAGCCAUCACAAAACACUAUAAGACUGACCAAAAUUUAGAUAACCCUUGAACUACAGUUUUUUUUUUCCAUAUCUGUCUGUGAGACACAGCACAUUGCUACUGCCCUUCCAGAAACCGUGCUGAAAAGAGAAAGUCCAAAAGACUCUAAAUGAAAACCUCGAUGCCGUUGAGGAUGUGUUUCAUUCUGGUGGUCUGUUUUGCAACCUUGAUAACACAGAACGUCCCGUGCCAUUGUAAAUGUUGUAGAGAUGUGGGCUGUAGCCGACCAUCCUACCCGAGAUGUGACAUGGUACAAAACAAACUGCUUCUGCUCCCUCUAGUCAGAAACCUGUGGGCCACGGACGUUGGACACACAGCCUGUCCAUCUGUAGACAAGAUGUGUUUCUGGAUCUUCUGGGAAGCCAGGCAAGGGGUCAGGUGAUUGGAGGGCAGCACUUGAGCCAGGGUGACCCCGAUCCCCAACCUGAUUCGUGGCCACCGCACAGGAAGUUUCCCCACUGGCUUUCCAGAGCAGGACUGCAGCCACCAUCUUCCCCUCCCUAUGUUUUAAGAAAAUAACAGCUUUGGUCAUCCCAUGAGCACCUGGCACCAAAAAGUAGAUUCCUCCAACUAGUGACCCCAACUACCCUUCUUGCCAUCUCCUUUCUCAAGUUGACACAGGUGCUAUUUCUGGAAGGCACCUGCAACUCCCAAGUCCACACAGAACAAAGAGAAAAUGUUGAGUUCACCGCAGCAGGACCACUGUAUCCCAGUCUCUAAAUCUACCCUCCUGCCUUCCAACACACGACCUUUUGGGAAGCAAAGACUCAAUCCCCCCAACUCAGAGAAGCCCUUCUUCUAGAAUCUUCGUUGUCAGGGUUUCUGGUGGGAGAGUUCCCAGUUUGGACGGAACAGCCACCAUGUUGUUUUUUUACUCUCUUUCCUGUUAUUAUUUCUUUUUCCUUUUUCAAACUCUCUGCGGGAAGGCUGAAUUGGUGACUCCCCAGCUGAAUCCGGAAUGACAAUGAAAAUAGGGCCAUAAUCAGUGCCAAUCCAGUGCCAGGGGGAGAUGGCUGAUGGGUUUCAAGGAUGCAGCAAGCAUUUUGAAACCAGGCCAGCAAAAUCCAGUGACCAGAAGGGGACAGUUGAGAGCUGUUCCAGAAAUCUCAACUCUCAUGCACCCAGGCCAGGCUGCAGUCUCCACAAUCCAUGAAGAACAACACAAACCUUGCAGGAAAACAUCAUUUUCCAUACAUCCAGGCUAUGCAUUGAAGAGUUUUCCACUGUAUACAUUUUUAUCCAGAUGAAGGUAUUUUUAUAUUUUGACAAUAGGAAACAGUGACCAAUUUUCAGAGUAAUCAAAUCUGGAACAAAUGAAACAUCUUUUAGCCACCACCGCCCUAUUGCAAUUAAGACAACUGUGAGGGAAUACACCACUUUCUACUGUUGAAACCCCCACAACACUGAAAUCCGGGCUCACCCGCAGACUACAAAUCUUAGAGGACUAAAUCUGGCUUUUGUGUGACGGGAUUUGAUUAAGCACUUAGUAUAUAGUCUUUUGAACACGGAAAUCCUGUUGUACUUAAAGCUAGCAGACCCAUGAACAACUUUGUCAGGUUCACGUCCUGUAACGGUAAAAGCAAAACAAAAAUCCACAAAAUCAUUUCUAUGAGAGAUUGAUGAACUUUGUUUAAAAUUUUAAAAAUAACACGUUCUGUAAACGCGUCGCUCAAUACAGAAUUGUAUAAUAAUGUCUAGGUGUCCUGCUUGCUUUGUUCUGGAGCUGGGGAUGUCAAUUAGGGGUCCAGUCUGGCCCUCAGAGAUGUUUUACAAAACAUUUUUUUUGAAAACCUGGCUUUUAAAUUAGUUUGCCACCAUUAAAAUAUGGGGGCACAUCACGUAAAAAUUGCAAUUACCAAUUUCUCUUAAAAACCAUAAGAUCGGGGGGAUCCCUGGGUGGCUCAGCGGUUUAAUGUCUACCUUUGGCCCAGGGCAUGAUCCUGGAGU